UCAAUAGCAGCAGCAGCACAUCAGCAGCUUGCUCUAUUCCAUCCAGUAACAAUGGCUGCGGCAACCAUGGCUCUGUCCUCGCCUGCAAUGAAGCUCGCCGGAGCCUCCUCCGUCCUCGGCGGCGGGCGCAUCACCAUGCGCAAGGCCACGGCCAAGGCGGCCAGCUCCAACAGCCCGUGGUACGGCCCUGACCGUGUGCUCUACCUCGGCCCACUUUCUGGUGAGCCCCCGAGCUACCUCAGCGGCGAGUUCCCAGGCGACUACGGCUGGGACACCGCCGGGCUCUCCGCUGACCCGGAGACCUUCGCCAAGAACCGUGAGCUGGAGGUGAUCCACUCCCGUUGGGCCAUGCUCGGCGCGCUCGGAUGCGUCUUCCCGGAGCUGCUCGCCCGCAACGGUGUGAAGUUCGGUGAGGCCGUCUGGUUCAAGGCCGGCUCCCAGAUCUUCAGCGAGGGCGGCCUCGACUACCUCGGCAACCCAAGCUUGGUCCAUGCUCAGAGCAUCCUUGCUAUCUGGGCCUGCCAGGUCGUGCUCAUGGGUGCCGUCGAGGGGUACCGUGUUGCCGGUGGCCCGCUCGGAGAGAUCGUCGACCCACUCUACCCUGGUGGCAGCUUUGACCCCCUUGGUCUGGCUGACGACCCUGAGGCGUUCGCUGAGCUUAAGGUGAAGGAGCUCAAGAAUGGCCGCCUCGCCAUGUUCUCCAUGUUUGGAUUCUUCGUGCAGGCCAUCGUCACCGGUAAGGGUCCACUUGAGAACCUUGCCGACCACCUCGCCGACCCCGUCAACAACAAUGCGUGGGCUUUCGCCACCAACUUUGUGCCCGGCAAAGAGUUCGCCGGCUCCCAGAUCUUCAGCGAGGGCGGCCUUGACUACCUCGGCAACCCAAGCUUGGUCCAUGCUCAGAGCAUCCUUGCUAUCUGGGCCUGCCAGGUCGUGCUCAUGGGUGCUGUCGAGGGGUACCGUGUUGCCGGUGGCCCACUCGGAGAGAUCGUCGACCCACUCUACCCUGGUGGCAGCUUCGACCCUCUUGGUCUGGCUGACGACCCUGAGGCGUUCGCCGAGCUUAAGGUGAAGGAGCUCAAGAAUGGCCGCCUCGCCAUGUUCUCCAUGUUUGGAUUCUUCGUGCAGGCUAUAGUCACCGGCAAGGGUCCACUUGAGAACCUUGCCGACCACCUCGCCGACCCCGUCAACAACAAUGCAUGGGCUUUCGCCACCAACUUUGUGCCCGGCAAGUGAGCAUUUGAAGGUCGAGUUCCUAUACUCUGAACUCUGGAUGUAUCAUUAAGAUGUGAUCAUUGUACACAUCAGAGAUGUUUGUAGUUGAGGUAUACUUCCCUGUUGCUCAAGGACCUUUCUGGAACUUGAAAUUUCUACAAGGAAAAAAUGCAAGGUCUCAAUUUUCAUAUUGAAUAUGAAUGGACAUGAUUUGAUCGUUU